GGUGGUACCCAAAGCAAGAGUAACGCGACGUGGAGGUACAGUCGUCAGACAAGAAGUAGAGGUCCAGUAUCGAUGUCGAUGCCGGUGUGAGUAGAGAGUGAUGGUUUGGACCCCGUAGCUCGUUCUGGGAUGAUUGCAUGCAGAGAACAGUCAUAGGGAGGUCGUCAGUCCGAACCUGGACUCCCGCCCAAACCAGUUUCACCUUAGCAACAACAGUCAUCUCGCUAGCCAAGACGAAAAAUGGCCCAAAAGUUGCGGAUUAGCAGCAACGGAUGCUCCUUCAGCCGUAUUUUCCGUCGUAUGAAAUCAAAGUUAUCACAUCCUCUGAAAAAGCGUCGAAUGUCGACAAGGGAAGCUCCCCUCCAGAAUGACGCGGCUCCAGACGCGCCAAGGUCCACACAGCUAACGGCAGUACAAAUCCAAAAACUCCUCUGUGACGUAUACUCUGCUGGCUCCAGCCAAGAAGCGCCCACCUUCUUGCAGCGGAGCGUUUUCGCUAUAUUUCAUGACUUGUUAGAUAUGAUUGAAACCUUCAAGCUCGAUGAUUGUGAAGCCGCUGAUGAAUUGUUGGCGACAUUCUAUGGUCUAGAUUGGGGGGACGUUUGCGAUUACUUGGGGUUGGACAGUGAUGAUGGCGACGAGCAAUUUCGGGAGGAAAGCCUCACCUGCGUCAACCUUCCAGAGUCCGUCCAAGAAGAAAUGCACGAUAUGAUCAGGCGAAGCGUGCAGACCAGUGUCUGUCGUCGCACCUAUCACCAUGUUAUGCCGGUAGUUACAAAGAGCCUUUUGUUGCUCGAGGGACUUCUACACACAUACAUCAGCGACAAGUUAUGUCUCGACGGAACUACCAAGGGAGGUUUCAUAGAUAUCAUGAUUAGAUACCAACACAAAACGAUCCUCAUCUUCAUCAUAAUGAAGCAACGGUUCUGUUUAGAGCGUCCUUCUCCAGAACUUCUUGCACAAGUCCUUGCAGAAAUGAGCGAUGAGUAAAUACCUCUAGCAGAGUCUCGAAUCUGAUGCCUUGCAUAGAGAUCUUUGCACUGAACGAGAAAUUAUCGGGUUUCUCGUUCCCAGUACAUGCCACAGUCUCUGACUUGUCGCA